AUGCUUAGUGCAAGAACUAAGCAAGUCUUUGCCUAUGGGCGUCGUGGUCACCGGAUUGUGAAUGUCGUUGAGAGGAAUGAGUCGGAUGCCUUUGGUUCACCCGUCAAGACAGUGCGUAACCUGACAGCUUCUAGGCAAGUUCAAAGAGAAAAUGCUAUCUACUUAUCUCCCUCUCCUCGCCAUCGAGUGCACGGAAAAUCCAAGCGGGCACAUAUCUCACCUACCAAAUCCCCGCUUGGCCCACCCAAGAAGAAGGCUCAGGUCAAGCCAACAGUCAAGUCAAAAAAGAAGACUGUGCUUUCAAAAUUCGAAGCGCAGACGCCUGUUCGUCAGCCGCUUACGCCUUUGCGCACGAACGGUGCGUCGCCUAUGGUUCCACCACCUUCAGUACUCGUGGGGAAGAAGGGCAAAGCGCCAGUCAAGUCAUCGCCACGGGCUGCGCUGAAGCCUACAUCUCCAGUCGUGACUCUUGAUAUCAUUGUAGUCGAUAACGAUGGCAAGAAGCUCAGUCAGGAACGGCGAGUAUCACGGACUGAUGUUCAGAUAAAUCCUGUAACUGUGGCAGCUCCGAGGGUCGGGGGCAAGGGGGCACCCAACAAACCCGCAAUCAUCGCCAUCAGUGACAGCGACUCUGAUGCAGAGGAGGUAACUGUGGUAGCGAAAAAACGCCUUAGCCGCAUGCGAUCAGUGAUCAUCGUAUCCUCUGAUGACGAUGAACCUCCACACAAAUGCGAAAUCGAGCCGACAGCUACCUUUUCCACACGACGGUGUUCAUUUCUCGAGGUCGUGGUCCCCCCUGCGCCUUAUAAGCUACACUCACCCCAUAAGCUACCUACAGUCCUGCAGGAACCCUCAUCACCGUUACCACCGCCUCCACCUCUAACCCAACAACCACAACCAGUGUUCAUGCCUCUCGCCCCGCCGACAACAAAAGUACGACAGCUGACACCUAUACGCCGAGGACAAAGUCGAGCACCGUUCCAGCGCUUCUUCCCCACACCUUCCACACCCACUGAUGCAGACCUUUCUCUCGAACUGGAGCAACUUGACAUCUCGGACGUGACCGAAUUCGAAAAUUUGCUACCCCCACAACCUGACUGUCUAAUUCCACUUCUAUCAGAGUGCUCUCAGACUUGUCCGCAUGAAUUCUCUGCUUUUAUAGAGUCAUUUCCAUUCGAUCCGAUCGUGCAGCCUGCGGAAGGAAAUGACCUGGAUAUCAAAUUUCGGAAAAUUGGCGAGGCCUCGUUUUCCGAGGUUUUCGGCAUCGGUGACGUAGUUCUUAAGAUCAUCCCCUUGCGAGAUGAGGAACAACGUUUCACAAACGACUUGGAGACUCCCGCACCGAGUGAUGCGAGUGAUGUUAUAAAGGAAAUUAUUGUCACCCGAGCGAUGGGAGAGAUGAGCAGUGGCUUCAUCAAGCUGCUCAGGACAUACGUCGUCCGUGGGCGCUAUCCUUCGCUGCUUCUUGAUCUUUGGGAUGAAUAUAACGAGCGCAAGGGUUCUGAGAGUAUAAGACCAGACUCUUUUGGCCUCUCCCAGGUCUACGCAAUCAUUGUCCUGCCAAAUGGUGGCCCAGAUCUUGAAGCAUUUACAUUCAAAAAUGCCGCAGGGUCUGGCUGGCACCAAGCAUCCAGUAUCUUCUGGCAGAUAGCCACGGCUCUGGAUCAAGCGGAAGACCUUAUGGCGUUUGAACACCGUGACUUACACUGGGGCCAGAUCUUGGUGAAGAACGUACCUGUUCGGACUUUAUCGUCGAAAAAAGCAGGGAGAAAGCUCUGCAUGGAUGACGUUCGGUUUGGCGUCAAGGCGACUGUCAUAGAUCUUGGGCUUUCGAGGAUGGAAACCACAGAUGCUCAAGGUUCCAAGACGUACUGGACACCGUUUGAUGAAGAAAUUUUCGAAGGGGAGGGAGAUCACCAAUUUGAUGUCUACAGGAUGAUGAAAGAGUAUAAUGGCAACUCUUGGGAAGGCUAUCAGCCCUUCACAAAUGUCAUGUGGCUUCACUACCUCACACAAAAGCUCCUACACUCAAAGCGACUGAAGCCUCCUGCCACGAGAAAGAAAAGCACGGCUGAGCUUACACGAGUCGUAGCCCUGACAGGGUACGACGAACAAGAAUGUUACGAUUCCCUAGUGGAGAUCGACAAGUUAUUGGGGGACUGUAUUACUGCGGCAAAGAAAGGCCGGAAGGGAAAGCGGAAAAUGUGUGUGCCACCUUCUGGUCCAAGGACGGCAGGGGAAGUUGUGUUGUAUGGAGUUCAAAAAGGCUGGAUGAAGCCAUGAGUUGUAUGAUCGAUUUUAUUUUCUGUCGCAGUAUACCCCACAAGUUGUACACUCUAAUUUUACACAAGCGUUAUGAAUGGACAGGCAUGGCCGUGCCCAGUCCAGAACCGCGGAACCUUCCUUUCUGAGCGAUCAUGUAGACGUCAUAGCCCAUAUCUGAGUUGUUGCCACCUAGAUUGCGGAGAGAAGGAAGAUGAGGCCUAAGGCUC